CUUUUUUAGCAGUACUGGUGGGUUAGGUGUUUAUUUUCUAUGGAGUUCUGCUUCUGUUGUGGGAUGUAACGGUGUCUUUUCUGAGCACAAAUGUCCCACUGACCCCUUUCUAUGGAAAACCGCACAAUGGAGUUUGAUGUCACUCAGAGGAAGUUGGCUAAGACUCCACAAGAAGCCACAAAUAUUGAAGAACAAGGAUAUGAAAAGACAGAGGACACGUCAGAGAAGACGUCAUUGGCUGACCAAGAAGAUGCACGACUCAUAUACCUUAAUCAGCCGCAGUUCACCAAGUUUUGCAGCAACCGUGUCAGCACGGCCAAAUAUAACUUUCUCACCUUUCUCCCCCGGUUCCUCUACUCCCAGUUCAGGAGGGCAGCAAAUGCCUUUUUUCUCUUCAUUGCACUCCUCCAGCAAAUUCCAGAUGUAUCCCCUACUGGUCGGUGGACCACACUGGUGCCGCUGCUCUUCAUUCUGGUUGUCGCUGCUGUCAAAGAAAUAAUUGAAGAUCUGAAACGCCACAAAGCUGACAACGUGGUCAACAAAAAGGAAUGUCAAGUCUUAAGGAAUGGAGCUUGGGAGAUUGUGCACUGGGAGAAGGUGGCUGUUGGGGAAGUAGUCAGAGCUGCAAACGGGGAUCAUCUCCCGGCUGACCUCGUCAUUCUGUCGUCCAGUGAACCACAGGGUAUGUGCUACAUUGAAACAUCUAAUCUGGAUGGGGAGACCAACCUUAAAAUCAGACAGGGUCUCCAAGUGACGGCGGACAUUAGGGACAUUGAGAACCUGGUACGGCUGUCGGGGAAGAUGGAAUGCGAGAGCCCAAACCGGCACCUGUACGAGUUUGUUGGAAACAUCCGCCUGGAUGGUCACAGCACCGUUCCCCUGGGUCCCGACCAGAUCUUGCUGAGAGGAGCCCAGCUGAGGAACACACAGUGGGUCCAUGGUGUGGUGGUCUACACGGGACAUGACACUAAACUUAUGCAGAACUCCACACGGCCUCCUCUGAAGCUCUCCAACGUUGAGCGGAUUACCAACUUUCAGAUCCUCGUGCUGUUCGGCUGCCUGCUGGCCAUCUCCCUCAUCUGCUCCAUCGGUCAAACCAUCUGGAAGUACCAGUACGGCGACGAAGCCUGGUACAUGGAUCUGAACUCUCCAGACGGCGGGGCUGCAAACUUUGGCCUCAACUUCCUUACCUUCAUUAUCCUUUUCAACAAUCUGAUACCAAUAAGCCUACUGGUCACACUGGAGGUUAUCAAAUUCAUACAAGCCUUUUUCAUCAACUGGGACACUGACAUGCUGUAUGAGCCCACAAACACACCUGCUAUGGCCCGCACCUCCAACCUGAAUGAAGAAUUAGGCCAGGUGAAAUACAUCUUCUCUGACAAGACAGGAACGCUGACCUGUAAUGUAAUGCAGUUUAAGAAGUGCACAGUCGCCGGUGUGGCCUAUGGCCAUGUCCCUGAAGCUGAGGACGGUAGUUUUGCAGAAGAAGACUGGCACAGCGCAAACUCGUCAGAGGAGGCUGGAUUUAAUGACCAGAGCUUACUGGAAAACCUCCAAAGCAAUCACCCUACAGCUGCUGUUAUCCUGGACUUCAUGACCAUGAUGGCCAUCUGUCACACUGCAGUGCCUGAGCGCAUCGACGGAAAGAUCAUCUACCAAGCUGCUUCUCCAGAUGAAGGAGCUCUAGUCAGAGCGGCCCGAAACCUCGGCUUUGUGUUUUCUGGACGAACCCCUGACAGCGUGAUUGUGGAAAUACUCGGAAGUGAAGAAAAGUAUGAGCUGCUUCAUGUUCUUGAAUUUACAAGCACCAGGAAGAGAAUGUCGGUCAUCAUGCGCACCCCAUCUGGGAAGAUUCGCCUCUACUGCAAAGGAGCUGACACUGUGAUCUACGACCGUCUGGCAGACAGCUCAAGGUACAAAGAGAUCACAUUAAAGCACCUGGAGCAAUUUGCCACUGAAGGCCUGCGCACUCUGUGCUUUGCAGUGGCAGACAUCAGCGAGUCAUCCUAUCAGCACUGGCUGGAGCUCCACCACCGAGCUAGCACCUCCAUCCAGAACAGAGCCCUGAAACUAGAGGAGAGCUACGAGCUGAUUGAGAAGAACCUGCAGCUCCUGGGGGCCACAGCGAUAGAAGACAAGCUUCAAGAUAAAGUACCCGAAACUAUCGAGACGCUAAUGAAAGCUGAUAUUAAGAUCUGGAUCCUGACGGGGGACAAACAGGAAACGGCCAUCAAUAUCGGACAUUCCUGCAAACUUCUUACAAAGAACAUGGGCAUGCUGGUCAUCAACGAAGACAGUCUGAACGCAACACGUGAAACCCUUAGCCACCACUGUGGGCAGCUGGGAGAAGCCAUCUACAAGGAAAACGACUUUGCUCUCAUCAUUGAUGGAAAGACUCUUAAAUACGCUCUUACGUUCGGAGUGCGCCAGUACUUUCUGGACCUGGCCUUGUCCUGUAAAGCAGUCAUUUGUUGCAGAGUUUCUCCUCUUCAGAAGUCAGAGGUAGUUGAAAUGGUGAAGAAACAAGUGAAGGUGAUCACUUUGGCCAUUGGGGACGGAGCUAAUGAUGUAGGGAUGAUCCAAACGGCUCACGUCGGAGUGGGAAUCUCUGGCAACGAAGGCUUGCAGGCAGCAAAUUCCUCUGACUACUCUAUUGCCCAGUUCAAGUACUUGAAGAAUCUGCUGCUCGUCCAUGGAGCCUGGAAUUACAACCGCGUAGCCAAGUGCAUCCUGUACUGUUUCUACAAGAACAUUGUUCUCUAUAUCAUUGAGAUCUGGUUUGCAUUUGUCAAUGGCUUCUCUGGGCAGAUCCUCUUCGAACGCUGGUGCAUUGGCUUGUAUAAUGUGAUCUUUACUGCCUUACCACCUCUUACUUUGGGAAUAUUUGAGCGCUCCUGUAGGAAAGAAAAUAUGCUGAAAUACCCAGAACUUUACAAAACCUCCCAGAAUGCAAUGGGCUUCAACACCAAGGUCUUCUGGGCUCAUUGUCUGAACGGCCUCUUCCACUCCGUCAUCCUCUUCUGGUUCCCCCUGAAAGCCUUCCAGCAUGAUACGGUGUUUGGUAGCGGACAAACUCCAGACUACCUGCUCUUAGGAAAUAUGGUCUACACAUUUGUCGUCAUCACAGUCUGUCUUAAAGCGGGUCUGGAGACGUCAUCCUGGACCACGUUCAGUCACAUUGCCAUCUGGGGAAGCAUCGGCCUGUGGGUGGUGUUUUUCAUCAUCUACUCCUCCCUUUGGCCCCUCAUUACCCUGGCACCCGACAUGUCCGGAGAGGCAAAAAUGAUGUUCAGCUCGGGAGUCUUCUGGAUGGGCCUGUUUUUCAUCCCGGUCACUUCGCUGAUCUUUGACGUGGCUUACAAAGUUGUGAAGAAAGUGUUCUUCAAGACCCUGGUGGAUGAGGUGCAGGAGCUGGAGGCUUUAUCUAAGGACCCUGGAGCAGUAGUGCAUGGGAAGAGUUUGACGGAGCGGGCCCAGCUCCUGAAGAACGUCUUCAAGAAGAGCACGGUCAGUCUGUACCGCUCCGAUUCCAUGCAGCAGAACCUGCUCCAUGGAUAUGCCUUUUCUCAAGAUGAGAACGGAGUGGUGUCCCAGUCUGAAGUGAUCAGAGCAUACGACACCACCAAGCAGAGGGCCGAGUGGUGAUCCAUCGCCCCUCCUGGACCCAGUCAGACCCUCUGGAGCCACAGCUGCUGUCUCCACAGCAGAUAUUUAACAGAAAGAGGUGUUCAAGCACUGAAGGGAAACUACGGACAAAAAAGAUGAACUGAGGAGGAUCGUGAAGAUAGAAAAAACAAACAAACAAAAAAGAAAAAGGCGAGGAAGGAAACAAACCGUGUUCACUAUCAGCUGUGUUUGUGUGUCCAGCAGAAUUGAUGAGCACUGUGCAUUUUUAGGCAUUCUGUGGUCCAAAGUUCUUCACUGUUCUCGCUGCGUUUAGACAGAGCCAAGCUCUCCUUUUCCAGCACUGAGCCACUACGCCUGACGUCAUUGUAUUCCACCACUCCUAAACACUGUCAGCAGAGGUGAGAGCGCAGGACGGCGGGCAGGUCAGAGGAAUCCAGCUUGUGAAAGAUUGCCAAAGAGCAGUCGUGUAAACAAUCGUCCAGGUACUAGUGAAUUCGAACAGUUUUUUGUUUUCCUUUUAUCUAAAUGCAGGUGAAUUUUCUCCAGAUUCAGAGCAAAUGUUUGUAAUGCUUUUGUUCGUUUUAUGCACUUGGUGAGCAUCUCUCGUGACGCCUUACAUCUUCUCAUGCCUUCGUCCUGGUUUGUUGUUUUUAUUUAGGUUUUUAAGUUCCAGCUUUUAAACAUGUAGAUGCCGUGCCUGGUUUUUAAUGAUUUUAGAUUUUUACUGUGAAGCAGACAGUAUUCCUGUUUCCUCAUCUUUGAACAGCCAGAGCUCGGCUCUCGAUCUAGAAUGGCAUUCCACACAUCACUCCUGUCUCAACAAUCACAGCGGUGCCUACCUGAAACCUUCCCUCCUAGAAGAAAAAAAGUAUUGCCAAGAAUAAUUUAGUGCUACUUUCAAACUCUCCUUCUGUCUCACACACUCCUAAAGACAAAACCACUGUCUGAACUCCACAGUAUUGCACUUCUGCAGUGUUUUAAACCACAGAUCUGCUCCUGCAGAGUUGACCUAAAGGCAAGCUCACAGUAGCGGUAGUGUUUCCCCUAAAAAUGGAGAUUUUAUCCCUUUUAACAUAAGUGCCAUUAGCUUAAGGGAGAGAAAUAUUGACCAGGAAAAUCCACAGCGGUAUCAAAACUACUUUGUCUCUAUGGUUCUUUUGUGAAUUUGUAUUUUUAUAUUGGAGAUCUAUGACUUUUGCAUUGAUUGGCUUUGUAAUGAAUCGUCUGUAAACUUUUGAUUUUUGGCAGGAUAAACUCGAUCCGUCGUGGAAACUCGCUUUCUGAAAUGUCUCGUUAUUAUUAUUAAUAUGGAUGUUAUUAUUCUGGCUUGUUUUAUUUAUAACUGACUGACCCGUGUCUGUGUGAUUGGUUUCUUCUCCCUAUGGGAGAUCAGAUUUCCCACUGUGUGCGUGUGUCACUUCAUAGCCCGCCUGUGCAUGUGCUGUACGUGUGUGUGUGUGUGCAUGUGUUUGUCUUCUAUGAGACUGGGAGUACUGGUGUGUUUCUUUUAUUAUCUGUGGGUGUGUGUGUGUUGAUGCUCGCUCCAGUUGUCCGUCUGCACGACGUCAGGUAUAGUUCUGAUUAAUCUGUGUGCUGCUGCAUGGCCCCUACAGGGAAGUGGGUGUGUCUGUGUGCAGGAUGACAGUGUGUCUGUGUGUGUGUUCAGCUCGCUUUAACACAAAGUGUUACACAAUGCACUCUAUGUACCUUUGCAGGUGUUAGUAUCUGGUAUGAUCUAGGUUGUCAUUUCUAAAGUGUGUGUGUUUGUUUUACUUCAUGCGACGUACCUCUGCUCUACAGGAAUGCUCUUUUGUGUUUUAGGUUUCAGAUACUUUACUUGUUUUCCUUAAUAGCGUAAAAUGAAUUGGUUGUUGGGGAAUUUUCCAAGCAGCUGAAUGUGGCUGUCGUCUUCGUUGUCGCCGUCUUUUCGCGGGGAGGCUUAGAUUGUCGCUUUUUCUUCUUCUUUUUUUUUUUUUUUUAAGGCAAAGAACAUAAAGCUGUCUGUGGAAGUCGUGGGCUGCAUGAGUGGAAGACGCGCACUGUUCUCCCAGCGUUAACUGUACUACUGCUGAAUCCAACCUUGAGUGUUGAUCACUUUGCAAAAGAUGGAAAAACUGCACCUUUAACUUUUUUCUUUGUUUUAAAUGUCUGAUUCUUUUGUUCAUUGAUUGUUCUGCAUGUUGGGACUGCAAACCUACUAAGUGUUGUCUUUUACUGCCAUGAAGGACUACUGAAAUAAACUUUACAAUCAAACACUCAGACUGAUUCUUCUGCACCUAUAGAUGGCGGUAUCAGUGAUUCAGCAACAAGAGAUUUGUAAAAUUCGCCUUUCCCCACUGAAUUGUGAUUUUCUUUGGGGCUGCUCCUUUCUCUCCCACAUAAAACCUAAUAACGAACCAUGUUUGUUGAUUUAUGGACUGAAGGAAUGCUGUUUUCAUGAUCUUAGCAGCUGAUCUCAGAUUGGAGCCGAUCAACUGAAAAUUAGCCGACUCACAUCUUUGACCUCCUGAUUGGUGCAUCUCUUAAAACAACAAAAUCAGGGAAACGAGGAAAGGAAGGAAAACAUAGCAAGGAAAGCCAAGAUCAUAAAUUAAAUGCAGACUUUUGAUU